AUGGAGGACUGGAGAGGCUACGCCGCAGAGGGACGGCCAGACUCAUCGCCGUCUUCUCUACUUGAUGGGGGGGCCUCUGAUGUUGCUUCGUACACUCAGCGCUCUCAGGCUGCUGAUUAUCUCUACUUCUCCCAACAGCAGCAGCAGCAGCAGCAGCAGCAACAGCAGCAGCAGUAUGCGCAGCAGCCGAUGUACGCCACGCAGCAGCCUCCCGGCUACCCCACUCCGCAAGGGCAAGGGCUGCAGGACCCGCAGCAAACACUAGAGAUGGCGGACUACAUGGAGAGGGAGCAGCAGCGCGAGCGGGAGAUCGCCAGAAAACAACAAACAGCCCUGCGGCGCGGGCUGCUCUCUGUCUCAGAGCUGGAGGACUGGAUGAGUGAAGAUUGUCCACAGCUGGAUCGCCAAACUUUGAUAAGGUUCCCUGCAGAGGUGGCUGAGACGCUGCGCCAGCGGCUGCACAAUGCUGCUGCUGCUGCUGCUGCUGCUGCAGCAGAAGGCACUGAGCCUCCCGAGCCAGGAGCUGCAGCACUUGGACUCACAAUCAUACCGAGGCCUGACUACAACUUCAGAGCCUUCGACGUGAAACUAUCGGGAUACCGCGGGCGCCUUCGCGGAAUCUUGGUGGAGUUGCCAACGCUGAUCGAAACGUAUAAGUCUAUUGACUCUGACAUUUUAUUUAAAUCAGGCGACGUGUGCCAAAUGCUGUACGUGUUUGACCCACAAGUGAACAACCUCGAUCUAGCCAACCUCUGCGACAAGCAGCAGUGGGAGUGGCGCGCAGGGCUGACGCCUCCCACCCACCGCAUUCGCAGCCGCAAAUUCAAAAACAUAGAUCUUUUUGACAGAGAAGAGAUUAGAGACGCAGAGCUGGAACUGUUGCAUGGGCUGCGCCGCGACACGUACGAAAUCGAAGUUCACACGGAACUGGAAAUGUUGGAGGCCCGGAAGAAAGAGCAGGAACAGGAGCAGCAGCAGCAGCCACAGCAGCAGCCGCAGCAGGGGCAGCAGCAAGGGAAGCCCGGCACCUCCUCUGAGCCCACCCCGCGGGUAGAACGAGUGGUACUGACCACCGAAGACGUUACAGAGCUGCUCAACUUGGUGGAUGAAGAUGACGAGUACCUCUCUGACGCCUCCGAUAUUUUGUUUUCGAUUCAGUCGGACAGUGUUUCUGUGCCUGGCGCAGAUGCAACAGGACGGCCUAGACGAGGGAAAGGGGGGGCCCCUGGGGGCCUUCCACGGUUAUCGGCAGGGGGACCCGGGGGCCCCCAAGAAACCGAUACAUCUCAGACUGCCAUUUUGACCCCUAGCUCUCAGAUGCAGCUGGAGUUGACUCAGCAGCAGCAGCAGCAGAUGUUGCUGGAGCAGCAACAGCAACAGUUGCUGCAAGGGAUCCCAGAAGGCCUAGGCGUUCAACCUGACGUAAACGAUGAGGAAGAGCGCGAGCGAUUGAGACUUCGCAAGGAGCGUAGAAAGCAAAAGAAAGACAGGAAACGGGCAAGAAGAGAGCAGAAGCUGCAACAGCAGCAGCAGCAGCAGCAAACAGCCAUGGGGCAAGGCCCACCAACAGGAUCUAUAGAAGGCCAAGGGGUCCCUCCACAGCAAACCAUGUUGCCACAGGAGGGCCCUCAGGGGCCCCCUGGAGAAGAAGCAUCUGCAGUUGCCGGCAAUGAUGAGGCCGACUUUGAUGCUCUGAGUUCACUAGGCAGUGCAGACGGCCACUGA